AUGCUGGGAUUCCCAAUGUUUAACCCAGCUACGCCUGAUGUCUGGAAGAUGAGUACCCCUUACUUUCCAUUUGUUACACCGGGGUUAUUUCCUGCCUCAGCACCCUCAUCGCCCACCAACGUAGAUGCCGAAGCUGCCAGUUCCCAACAGUCGGAAGCAAGCUAUUUGGAUAAGGAGAAAAUUGUUCGAGGGCCACUUGAUUAUCUUCUCAAAUCCCCUGGAAAAGACAUUCGUCGGAAAUUCAUUCACGCGUUCAAUGAAUGGCUGCGCAUUCCUGAGGACAAGUUGAAUAUUAUCACGGAAAUUGUUGGAUUGCUUCACACGGCCUCCCUUCUAAUCGACGACAUUCAGGACAAUUCCAAGCUUCGACGCGGCCUCCCAGUGGCCCAUAGCAUUUUUGGUAUUGCGCAGACAAUCAACUCUGCCAAUUAUGCGUACUUUCUAGCCCAGGAAAGGCUCCGCGAACUGAAUCAUCCUGAAGCGUACGAAAUAUACACAGAGGAACUGCUUCGUCUGCACCGCGGUCAAGGUAUGGACUUGUACUGGCGGGACUGCCUAACCUGUCCCACAGAGGAGGACUAUAUUGAGAUGAUCGCCAACAAGACUGGUGGCCUAUUUCGACUGGCGAUUAAGCUUAUGCAGUUGGAAAGCGAAACGAAAAGGCACCUCUUCUUGUUACACUGCAGACUGACUUUUUGCAGCAAUGUCAUCGAACUAGCAGACUUGCUGGGCGUGAUCUUUCAGAUUCGGGAUGAUUACCAAAACUUACAGAGUGGACUAUACACCAAGAACAAGGGAUUUUGCGAGGAUUUGACGGAGGGCAAAUUUUCCUUUCUGAUUAUCCACAGUAUUAACAGUAACCCGAACAAUCACCAUCUGCUGAAUAUACUACGGCAGCGGAGCGAGGACGAUUCGGUGAAGAAGUAUGCUGUUGAGUAUAUCGACUCGACGGGGAGUUUUGACUACUGCCGGGAACGGCUCGCUUCCUUAUUGGAAGAGGCGGAUCAAAUGGUUAAGAAGUUGGAAAAUGAGGCGGGACAGUCAAAGGGGAUCUACGAUAUUCUGAGCUUUCUGUCGUGA